AUGUGUGUGAUGUUUCAGGACUCAGUGAUUUUUGAGGAUGUGGCUGUGGAGUUCACCCAGGAAGAGUGGGCUUUGCUGGAUUUUUCUCAGAGGAAACUCUACAGAGAUGUGAUGAUAGAAACCUUCAGGAACCUGGACUCAGUUUUUAAACAGGAUAGUGAUGGACAAGCAUUUUCCUUGAAGAAUGACUGCAGGUCUUCCGGGUUAGGAGAAAUGUUUGCAGUCUGUGGCAGUGACUGUCAUCAAACCGACCAGGGAAGGCAUGGAAGAGUACCUACAGUAGAAAACCUCUAUGAAACAAAAGUUGGUAAAGCAAGUAAACAUGAAGAAGGAAACCAGUGUGGAAAAACUUUGAACUGGAUUGGAGAUCUUGCUAGUCUCAAAACAACGGCCGGAGUCAAUCUUUUUGAAUACCUUGAGUAUGGAAACACCUUUGUGGAUCAUUCAUCAUCUAACCAUCACAUCAGAUCUCACACUGGAUGCAAUCCUUAUAUUUGUAAGGACUGUGGAGAAGACUGCCAUUGUCCUUCUUACCUAAAGCUUUGUGUGAGAGAGAAAGUUUGUAAAUGUAAGGAUUAUGGGAAACCUUGUCAUUGUUCCUUACCUGUCACUAAACAUAUUAGAAAUCACAAUGGAGAGAGGCCUUAUGAAUGUAAGGAGUGUGGGAAAGCUUACAGUUAUCUCUCAAGCCUCACUCGACAUAUAAAAACUCACAGUGGAGAGAGGCUUUUUGAAUGUAAGAAAUGUGAGAAAGCCUUUAGUCGUUCCUCAUCCCUUGCAGCUCAUAUAAGAACUCACAGUGGAGAGAGGCCUUACGAGUGUAAGGAGUGUGGGAAAGCCUUCAGUUGUUCCUCCUCCCUCACGACUCAUAUGCGAACUCACAGUGGAGAGAAGCCUUAUGAAUGUAUGGAAUGUGGGAAAGCCUUUAGUUGUUCCUCAUCACUUACUACACAUAAAAGAUCUCACAGUGGAGAGAGGCCUUAUGAAUGUAAGGAAUGUGGGAAAGCCUUUAGUCGGUCCUCACACCUCACUGCCCAUAUAAGAACACACAGUAAAGAGAGGCCUUAUGAGUGUAAAGAAUGUGGAAAAGCCUUUAGUCGGCCCGCACACCUCACUAGCCAUAUAAGAACUCAUAGUGAAGAGAGGCCUUAUGAAUGUAAGGAAUGUGGAAAAGCCUUUAAACAGUUUGUACAGCUCACUAGACAUGUACGAGUUCACAGUGCAGAGAAGCCUUAUGAAUGUAUGGAAUGUGGCAAAUCCUUCAGUCAGUUUUCAUAUCUCACUGGUCAUAUAAGAACUCACAAUGGAUACAGGCCUUAUGAAUGCAAAGAAUGUGGGAAAACCUUUACUCGAUCCUCACACCUCACUACUCAUAGGAGGAUGCACAGCGGAGAGAAGCCUUAUCAAUGUAAGGAAUGUGGGAAAGCCUUUUUUCGAUCCUCACACCUCACUGACCAUCUAAGAUCCCACAGUGGAGAGAAACCCUAUCAAUGUAAGGAAUGUGAGAAACCUUUUAGUUGUUUCUCAUCCUUCCGUAAACAUGUAAGAACUUACCAUGGGGACAGGCCUUGUGAUAGUAAGAAAUGUGCGAAAGCCUUUAGUCAGUUCUCAUCCCUCACUGACCGUAUAACCUUUCACAGUGAAUUGCUAUCAUACGACCCUCCUAACUAUAGCCUUGUAACGCCCACAAAAUGA